CGCACGCAGGGCGGACGGAAGCGGCUCCGGCGGCGGCCCGGGGCGGGUCGGCGCCUUUGUGUGAGCCGAGCCGGGAUGGUGCGGGGCAGCGGCCGGAGCCCCUUGCCCUGCCAGUCUCUGGGUGCCGAGCACCUCCUGCUCACGCAGCUGCUGAAUGCGUGAAGAAGAAGCUGAGCCAGGAGAAGGACUCUUAAGCAGCUAAGAUGGGCAUGAGGAUCAAGCUGCACAGCACCAAUCACCCCAACAACCUGCUGAAGGAACUCAACAAGUGCAGGCUCUCCGAGACCAUGUGCGACGUUACCAUCCUGGUGGGCAGCCGCUCCUUCGCUGCCCAUAAAGCCGUCCUGGCUUGCGCUGCAGGUUACUUCCAGAACCUCUUCCUGAACACGGGGCUGGAUGCCACCAGGACCUACGUGGUGGACUUCAUCACCCCGGCCAACUUCGAGAAGAUCCUCAGCUUCGUGUACACCUCUGAGCUCUUCACGGACCUCAUCAAUGUGGGCGUCAUCUAUGAGGUGGCAGAGAGGCUGGGCAUGGAGGACCUGCUCAAGGCUUGUCACUCCACCUUCCCCGACCUGGAGAGCUCAGCCAUCACGAAGCAGCCCUCGCUGUCCGUGAGCGCAGGGCGGUCGGGGCCCCUGAGCAGCAGCUCCUCGGAGCAGAGCCAUUCCUUGGCUGACAUCCGGAGCAGUGGGGAGCAUUUCGGCCCGGAAAGGAAUUACGUCUUGCACGGGGAAGCGGCCGGCGGCUACAAAGAGGAUGAGAGGACAACAGCGAGUGAAAGAAGCCAGGCUCUUCCCCUAAUGCACCCGCAGCAGCCUCCCAGGGUGGGACAGGAACCGGAUCAAGGGCAGUUUGCUCUUGCCACGAGCAUGGUGCCCCAGCCCGGGAGCAUCGUGGUGCAGAGGACCGCCAGCUCCUGCCAGCAGUAUAAGAUCCAGAGCAACGGGGACUACAGCAAGGACAGCUUCUUCACUGCUGAUCCUUCCCUGGACGUGUCCACGGGGAGCAACUCGUGUCCCAGCAACAGCGACCACUCCAAGGAGCAGGGCUUUGGGCAGAUGGAUGAGCUGCAGCUGGAGGACUUGGCCGAGGACGAGCUGCAUUUCGAGGAUGCCAGCGAAGAGCUCGCCCCGUCGGAGAUCAUUGAGCUGAGCGACGACAGCGAGGAGGAGCUGGCCUUCGAGAGCGACAGCAGGGACAGCAAGGCCAUGCCCUGCCAGGUGUGCAAGAAGGUCCUGGAGCCCAACAUCCAGCUCAUCCGCCAGCACGCCCGAGACCACGUCGACCUCCUCACGGGCAACUGCAAGGUCUGCGAGACCCACUUCAAGGACCGCAACUCCAGGGUCACGCACGUCCUGUCCCACAUCGGCAUCUUCCUCUUCUCCUGCGACAUGUGCGAGACCAAGUUCUUCACGCAGUGGCAGCUGACCCUGCACCGACGGGAGGGGGUCUUCGACAACAACGUCGUCGUCCACCCCAGCGACCCGCUCCCCACGAAGGGCCCCGUGUUCGGGGCCGCCGCGGGCUCGGAGCUCUCGUGCGCUGCGUGCGGGAAGCCUUUGGCCAAGGAUUUCCACUCCGUCCGCAACCACAUCCUGGAGCACGUGAACUUGAGGAGCCAAACGUGCGGCGUGUGCGACCAGAGGCACCUCAGCCUCUGCAGCCUCCUGUGGCACGGCCUGGCCCACUUGGGCGUCUUGGUCUUCUCGUGCUCCGUCUGCGCCAGCAGCUUCGUGGACCGGCACCUCCUGGAGAAGCACUUGGUCGUGCACCAGGGCGCGGAGGAGGCUCUGUUCCGCUGCCACUUCUGCGGGCAGAGCUUCAAGCUGGAAGCCGCCUAUCGCUACCACGUCAGCCAGCACAAGUGCGGGAGCAGCCCGGACCUGCGCCCGGGCUUCGGCGAGCGCCUGCAGCACCAGAGCCUGCCGAAGAGGAAGGUGCCGGAGGAGUUCCUGAGCGAAGAGCUGGUGCUGCGCAGCCAGCCGGGCAACAGCAAGUACAGCUGCAAGGUGUGCGGGAAGAGGUUUGCCCACACCAGCGAGUUCAACUACCACCGGCGCAUCCACACCGGCGAGAAGCCCUACCAGUGCAAAGUGUGCCACAAGUUCUUCCGCGGGCGCUCCACCAUCAAGUGCCACCUGCGGACGCACUCGGGGGCCCUCAUGUACCGCUGCACGGUAUGCGGGCACUACAGCUCCACGCUCAACCUCAUGAGCAAGCACAUAGGGGUGCACAAGGGCAGCCUCCCGCCGGACUUCACCAUCGAGCAGACUUUCAUGUACAUCAUCCAUUCCAAAGAGGCCGAGAAGAACGCCGAGAGCUGA